AUGGCGGAGAAGGCAGCAUUAGCCAAGGCUCCAAAGCGCAACGCAGAAAAGUGCGAGGGUCGCGGAGGGGAGGACCAGCAGUGGCGUGACGAGGAAGGCACCGGGUCCCGAUCCGCCAAAAGGAGGGAGGAGAAGGCCGAGAGGCGAGCCGAGGCAUUGGCCCGUAAAGCCUGGGCUCGCCACUUAGCCAAGCAAGAGGAGAAGGAUCUUGAGAGGAUUCUGCGCCUGAAGACGCAGAAAAAGAAGGAGACGGAAACGGAGCUGCAGCGGCAGAGGGAGGAGGAGCUGGCGGCGAUUCAGAAGAAAGUGGAGGAGGAGGAGAGGAGGAAGCAGAGCCGUAUCGCGAGUAAGAAGGAGUAUGAUAAGAUGGUUCUUGUGGAGAACAGGAAUCGCGCCGUCAUUGAGGCCCGGAGUAUUGAGGAAGCCCUAGCGGUCUUGACCGGUAAGGAAAAGUUGCCGGUGGUGAAAGUGAAGGCCACCGAAGGAAACAAGGGAGAUUGUUUGCUUGUUUACACGCAAGGGGAAGAGAAGCCUCUGUUAGUUGAUCUUCGGAUCAUUGUUUAG